AAAUCUCAGCUAUGGAUGGGCGAACUAGAUACUAGAUGGGAUGAAAACACCAUCCAAUCCAUCUGGAACUCUGUCGGUGAAAUCCCAACCGCCAUCAAACUAAUCAAAGAUCGCAACACAUCCCUAGACCAGUCUGGUAAUCCCUCCUUCACCGCCUUAAACGCCGGUUACUGUUUUGUUGAUUUCGGUUCAAAUCUAAAUGCUUCAAGAGCUAUAAUGCACAAUGGCUUGAACAUCCCAAAUACUGAUCGAGUCUUCAAACUAAACUGGGCUUCCGAAAUAUCUGUGUUUGUUGGUGAUUUGGCCGCAGACGUUAAGGAAUCUGAACUAUUUGAAGCCUUUAGAGCUAAAUAUUCCUCUGUUGUCGGCGUUAAAAUUAUGAUGGACCCACUUACUGGUUCCUCAAAGGGCUAUGGUUUUGUUAGAUUUGGAAACGACUACGAACAAAAAAGAUCUCUAUUGGAAAUGAAUGGCUGCUUAAUUCAUGGAAGACCCAUUAGAGUCUCAACCGCUGUCCCUAAAAAUUCCUCCUCAAAUCCAAAUUUAAACCUUUCCCUAUCUAAUAAUAGCAUUGGUGGAAGCUCUAACUCCUUAAAUUCUUCCUUAGCUCAACCUUAUUCAGCUCCCCAAUCUCAACCUCCUUUAAACCAAUCAACUGAUCCCAAUAACACAACAGUCUUUAUAGGUGGUUUAAAUUCAUCCGUUUCUGAACAACUAUUGAGAUCUCACUUUCUGACUUUUGGUGAAAUUAUUUAUGUCAAAGUCCUACAAAAUAAGAAUUGUGGCUUUGUCCAAUACGUUUUGCGCUCAUCUGCUGAACUGGCCAUUCAAAAAAUGCAAGGCUACCCAAUUGGUAACACCAGAAUCAGAUUGAGCUGGGGCAGAAGCUCAAGC